AUGGGUAUGUUAAAAAAGAUUGGCUGUUUUUUGUUUGAAAAUAACACCCUGCCGACUAUCAACACGUUCAUAAUUCUGGACAUAAUUUUAAGGAUAUUAAAAAUUCGAGGGAAUAAAAAAGAAGAAAAAAUAAAAAAGAACAAUAAAAAAAAAAAAAAAAAAUUGAAAAGAGCUUUAUUAUUAACAAAUAAAACUUUAAUAGAUAUAUUUCCACCAGAUUAUGAUUUCAUAUUAAACUUUUUAAAUAAUUCCUUAUAUAAAAAGGAUGAUAAUAAUAAUAAUGAUAAUAUUUGGACUGUGAAUAAAAUAAAGAAUUCUAAAAAUUUAUAUAGAAAUUAUAAAGAUGAUAAAAAAUAUAAUAUAAAAAAUAAUAAUGAAAAUGAAGAAAAAAAUUGUGUAUAUACAAAUGAGAAUAAUAUAUCUUCUAAUGAUAUGUAUAAUAAACAUGUUUGUAAUUUAAAAAAUGAUAAUAAUACAAAUCAUAGAUUUGAUAAUCUUCAUAUAACUAUCGAUGAAUUAAAAGAUAUUUUAAAUUAUAUACAUAUUAAAUAUAUUGAUGAAGAAAAUUAUUUAAUAAAUUUAUUAUAUAAAUUAAAUAAACAUACAAAAUAUAAUAUUAUAGUAAUAAAUAUUAGUUUCUUUUUUAUAAAAGAUGAAAAAAAAAUCAAAAUAUUUUUAGAUUAUAUAUUAUCAUCUACUUAUAAAAAUAUGACAAAAGAACUUACAAUCAAAAACAAUGAUAAAAAUAAUUAUGAUCAUAAAAAUGAAUAUUUGUCUAAUACUAAUAAUGUUAUUUAUUCUAAUAUAGAAACUGAAAUAUCUGAUCGUCCUUUUUAUAAAAAUAUUUUAAAUAUUUAUUUUCAUUAUUCUUAUUUUAUUAAUUUCUUUCAAUACCUCAACACGGUUAACCAUUUCACCUUAACAAGUCAUAAUAUUAAAAAAAUACAAACAAACAAACAAAAAAAAAAAAAAACAAACAAAAAAAAAAACAAUAACAAAAACAAUAACAAUAACAAUAACAAUAACAAAAACAAUAACAAUAACAAUAACAAAAACAAUAACAAUAACAAUAAAAUUUAUCAUAAUAAUAAUAUUAUAUCUGAAUCUCCAAACAAAUGUAACACCAUUUCUUAUCGUCAUCAUUUUGAUGAUCAUCAAAAAUAUAAUUAUGUAGAAAGAAAAAAUAAAAGAAGUUAUUUCACAUAUUUAUUAAGGCAAAAUCAUAGUGCUAAUUUAAAUACUGAACACAUAACACAUGAUAAAAAAAAAAAAAUUAAAAUGGAACAGGAACAGGAACAGGAAGAAAAAUAUGAAUAUAAUGAAAACAACAAUAAUUUAAAUGAUAAUAAUCAAAAUAAUAGUUGUUAUAAUAAUAUCUGUAAUAAUAAUGAUUUAUCUAAUGUUUUAUCAUCCUAUCAAAAUCAAAACAAUUUCUUAUCAAAUAAAUUAAAAUCAAAUAAACAAAUAAAUGUUAUAGAAAAAAAUAUAGAAGAAGAAUCUACCAAGGGUUGCUUAUCAAUACAUUCAAUAAAAUUAAAAAAAAUUAAAAAUAAAAUAAAAACUAACUUAUAUUUGUUUGAUAUGAUUCCAAAAUCUAAUAUUUAUAAAAAAAUGUAUAUGGAUAUUAUAUUAAUGAAUUUUAAUCAUUUAUAUGUUAUAUCAAGGAAUAUAUAA